GCGUCGCUGACGGAGUGGGAACCAGCGCCGUGGAGUUGGGGGAGCCGCUGGCGGGUGGAUCCGACAACUCCCUGAGAGGCGCACGCAGGCAGACGGGCGGGUACUGGGAACCGAGCGGCAGGCCGUCCCCGCGGGUCUCUGAAGGAGGUCGCUGGCCCCAGCGGGCGUCAGUCAGGAUCCCUUUCGGUGAAUUGUGUGGGUGUUGCGCCUGGCUGCCACCUGGUUCCUUACAAGUACCCCACCUGUUGGUUAUUGCUUCAGUUAUUCAUUCUGGAUAUCAUAGACCCUCAUUAACACUCUGAGGAAGAACAGAAAUCACUGCUAACUAUACUGAAAAGGAAAAAUUAAGUGACUUCCUCCACUGCAAACCAUGGCACUACCGUUCCGGAAAGACUUAGAAAAAUACAAGGACCUCGAUGAAGACGAACUCCUUGGGAAUCUGUCAGAAACAGAGCUGAAACAGCUGGAAACUGUUCUGGAUGAUCUUGACCCUGAGAAUGCCCUUCUGCCUGCAGGGUUCCGGCAGAAGAACCAGACAUCGAAGUCUGCCACAGGGCCAUUUGAUAGAGAACACCUCCUUUCGUAUCUGGAGAAGGAAGCUUUGGAGCAUAAGGACAGGGAAGACUAUGUGCCCUACACUGGAGAAAAAAAAGGAAAAAUAUUUAUCCCUAAGCAAAAACCUAUACAGACUUUUACAGAAGAAAAAAUAUCUCUUGAUCCAGAAUUAGAAGAAGCUUUGACAAGUGCUUCUGAUACAGAAUUGUGUGACCUCGCAGCUAUUCUUGGGAUGCACAAUUUGAUAACGAAUACACAGUUCUGCGACGUAGUGGGAAGUAGUAAUGGUGUCGACCAAGAACAUUUUUCAAAUGUGGUAAAAGGUGAAAAGAUUCUUCCAGUAUUUGAUGAGCCCCCAAAUCCAACCAAUGUUGAAGAGAGUUUAAAAAGAAUUAAAGAAAAUGAUGUUCAUCUUGUUGAAGUUAAUUUGAAUAAUAUAAAGAAUAUCCCAAUUCCAACCCUAAAAGAUUUUGCGAAGGCUUUGGAAACCAACACACAAGUGAAAUAUUUCAGUCUUGCAGCCACCCGAAGCAAUGACCCCGUUGCUGUUGCUUUUGCAGAUAUGCUAAGAGUGAACAAAAAUUUGAAGAGCUUAAAUAUGGAGUCCAACUUCAUUACAGGAGCUGGGAUUCUAGCACUGAUUGAUGCUUUGAGAGAUAACGAAACCCUGGCAGAGCUGAAGAUUGACAAUCAGAGGCAGCAGUUGGGGACAGCUGUAGAAUUGGAAAUGGCCAAGAUGCUUGAGGAAAAUACCAAUAUCCUUAAAUUCGGAUAUCAGUUUACGCAGCAGGGACCCCGAACCAGGGCAGCUAACGCUAUAACAAAAAAUAAUGACUUAGUUCGCAAGAGACGAGUCGAAGGAGACCAGUAAGUCCGCCAACGUGUGAUCUUUGGAAGACUUCGAAAGGUCGCCAAGGGCUCGUGUUGUGGUAUCAGAUGUAAAAUUUUCCUAGGUAGAAGGGAAGAGACUGGAAAUCCUUUUUUUUUCCUUAACUGCAUAUAUCUCUUUUUUAGUUUAAGUUGUUACCAGUUUCAAAUUGUAAAUCAAUUAUAGGUGAUAUUUUGUAUUCUAAAGCAUUAUUUCUACUUUCUGCUAAAAUCAUUUUUAAUUUAGCUUAAUUAAAUGGUUUAUGAUGAGUCUCGGGUUAAAAAAAUACAAUUGUAAAAAAAGUCUAGGAAAUCAUUAUGUAGAAUAAUGAACAUUUUAAGGACCAAUCUUUUUUUAAGUGAAAAAGGGACAUUGCUGAUGUGAGAAUUGCUGUUGCACCUCUUGGGCACAAGGCGCUUCAAAACUUCCCUUAUUCCAUGGCAUGUAGACUUUUCCAUGUUUUAAAACACAUGAACUUGGCAAGAGUGUGCUUUUUGCUUCAUCAAGAAAGCAAAUACUUUGCUUUAAAAGUAUAGUUAUAUAUAGUUUUUCAUUUUAAUAAUGUGGGCAUUAUUAAAUUUUCAUGAACACUCAUAGUAAAAGAAAGCAUCUGAGUAGGAAAGCUGUUUCCUUCCCUGUGAAAUGCACACAGCCAAUUUUCAGAUAUUUAGGAUAAAAGAAAAAAGAAAGCUUUUGUUAGACACAUGGAAUCAGGGGUAAUAAACGGUAGAGACUGCCUGAGAAGCACGCACACUGGGCAUUUAAAUUGAUGGUUACUGUAAAGGAAGGUGGAGGCUGGCCUGGGUGCAAGGUAAGAGUGAGAAGCUCCCGCGUGCGACGCAGAACUGCCUGAACGGCGCGCAGUCCCCACUCACUACCAGUUUUCCAGCCAGUAAGGAAAACAGCUGUUCUUGGUAGAUCUAAUUUUUAUUAUCUUGUUUCUUCUUGUACUUUUUUGUCCGUAUUGUAUAAAAGUAAUUUCUCAUAAGUUGUCUUCCUCAAAGUAUUCACACCCACAGUUGGACAGUGUACUGUGGUGGGAAGAAUGACCCCAGAGCCAGGAGUGGGAGCGCUGAUGUGGAGCUAAUUCACGCGUGCCUCGGGGCGGCCCCUGGAGCAGGAGACCCCUGAGGCACUGCAGCUACAGAGGACAGGGGACAAAGCAAUCAGCAAUUCAGGCCUGGCUGUAUCAUUUACAGGGAGAUUUUUCAAAAGGAGAGAAUAUCAUUUCAGAAUAGGAGGAAGAUGUGUUGUUAAUUUUUCUAAAACUUCUUGAAAUUGAGUUACAACACGUCUGCUCCUUUGGCUUGGGCUGGACAGUUUAUCUAAUGAGCACAGGCAAAAGCUUUCCUCAGACGAACUGACUGCUUUUUUGAAAAGUAGUAUCCAGUGUUUUAAAGGGGCCAAAGAUUGACUUGUACUAUUCCACUGUUCCCUUUCAGUUACAGGGUGCUGGGUUUGAUUUUUUUCAAGUUAGCAAGUCAGGCUCACGCUGACUCGCUCUCCCUCACUUUUUCAUAAAUGACUUUGGAAAUGUACUCGAUUCAGAGCCAGCACAGCCCCAGCAGGGUGGGGCGUCAGGGACACAAAGCCACGGUUACACUUCCUGCAUGGCUGCCUCGCUUGCACUGCCCUGUAAGUCAAUAAAUUGUUAAGUAUGUUACCCCUUCCUCCCGUAAGUUCUUUUCAAAAUACAGGCAGGUGGGACCUCACCUAGAAUUGUGUAUCAUACUUAUGGGUAAUACCUUUUUCACUUAUUUAUCAAAGUAUGAAGAAGCUGAGUUUUUUGCUUGUACCAUUCCACUUCUGAGCUACAACAGUUCAUUAUAUAAUUGAAGAAAAGAUUUCUUAAUAAAUAACUAAGGGUGAACAUUCAUCCAACUGAAUACAGACAAAUCUUUCAAAAACUGUAAUUACAAGGGAGAAAACUAGUGUUUACUUUGAUCAUUAAAAAUCUGGCACCUCUUACCCUUUUAGUAACUUUCAGUAUUUCUGUAUUGCUCUAAAAUUUUAUGAUAGAUGAGGGUUAUGAAAUACUCUUGAUUUUUAAACCAAAGAUUUUCUAAGAUCUUAAAUUUUGUAGUAUAACUAAUUAGUCUAACUAAUAUAAACUUACCUGGUUAUCUAAGCAAAGAAUAUUCUUUGCAUUUUUAAAUUGCUGUUUUUUUAAAAACCUUUUUUCAUUUCCCAUUUUAUAAAAUUUUAUACUCAUAUUUGUCUGAUAUUCUAAUUUUUCCAGUUUGUCUACAUGAAAUUACAUAUUAAAAGUCAAUAAUACUGAUAUUAUUAAAAUGGGUUUUGGUGCUAUCUACUUGUAGCUAAAGGCAGGUAGAAGUCUCAAGUACAGGUGAAAUAAAUUUUCUAAGGGUGCCUGUCAUUUAAAAGACCAAAUAAAUAUUUUGUGUUUAAAAAAGUUUUAACAGAUUGUUAGAGAUUUCAAGGGGAAUUACCUUGGUCAUUAAAUUGCGAAUUCUUAUAUCUGAAUGAAAUAUCCCAAAAUACUUGCUUUGUACAGUAGGGACCCACUGGAAAAGUUACAUGUAUAGAACUUUGUAAAUUGUUUUCCCAUUGACAGUAUCUCACUUUUUUUUCAUUUAAAAAGGGGAUUCCAUGGUAUAAUGAAAAUUAAGAGAAAAAAAGUUUUGAUAAAAUGUUAGUCAUGGUCUGUUGUACAUUAUAUUUAACCCUUGCUGUCAUUAAAAUAAGAUUAAAAGGUAAGAUUAAAAGAGGUUUCAUAAAAU